AUGCCAGUUGACUUCCUUACUAGUAUUGCAUUUGAUGGACCACAAGUAAUACCCUACUGGGAACAACUUAAACAAUAUGGUCCAACAGUUGUGCCUAUUCUUUCCAGUAUUGCUUUAGGAAAGUACUAUUUCCGUGGUGCCACGAACACUUGGGAACGUGAUAUGCACGGCAAAGUAUUUAUGAUAACUGGUGGUACUUCAGGUAUUGGUGCAGCACUUGCCUAUGAAUUAGCUACCAAAGGUGCACAACUAAUACUUUUAACACGAAGAACUAAUGAUUUAUGGGUGGCGGAGUAUAUUGAAGAUUUACGUCAACGUACCACUAAUCCAUUGAUUUACGCUGAACAAUGUGAUUUGAAUUCACUAUAUUCGGUGAGAAAAUUUGCUACUAGAUGGUUGGAUAAUGCCACCCCUAGACGAUUAGAUGGUGUCAUUUGUUGUGCUGCUGAAGCAAUUCCUAGAAAUAUUCCCCGUCAAAUUACGGUUGAUGGUGUUGAAAAACAAAUGGGGAUUAAUUAUUUGGGUCAUUUCCAUUUGCUCACUUUAUUAGAACCAAGUUUAAAACUGCAACCUCCCGAUAGAGAUGUACGUGUAUUGAUUGCCACUUGUUCAUCACAAAAUUUAAGUGAGGUUGAUUUGCAAGAUUUGUUAUGGGAAAAGAAACAAUACCCCACUAGUCAACCAUGGAAAGUUUAUGGUACAUCAAAAUUGUUAUUGGGCGUCUUCGCUAAACAAUAUCAAAAACAUUUGAUGCAAUAUGAACGUAAUGAUAAAGCGCCAUGUAAUAUUCGUAUAAAUUUAGUCAACCCAGGGUUAGUGAGGACUCCAUCUACAAGAAGAUUCAUAUCAAUGGGGACAUUAUGGGGGUUGAUGCUUUAUUUAAUUACAUUUCCCAUUUGGUGGUUAUUCCUUAAGAGUGUUCAUCAAGGAGCACAAACUUUUUAUUUUGGAUUAUAUGCUCCAAUAUUGAUGAAAAUGGAAGGGGGUAAUUUAUUACAAGAAUGUAAAAUCAUGACCAAAGUUAGAAAAGAAAUGGAUGACGAAGAAUUACAAGAAAAAGUGUUUCAUAAUACAACUGAAUUGAUAAAGAAGUUGGAAAUCCAGUCAGCAAUUGAGAGAAAGAAGAAUAAAACCCAGGAGGAGAUUGAUCAAGAAAAGGAAGCUGAGUUGAAAAGGAAAAGGGAUAUCAGUCUUCAACCAAAGACAACUGAUGAAUUGAAUCAUAAGUUGAAUACUUUGCGAAGUCAAAUUGGUAUUGGUGGUGGAUCAUCGAUGACAAACAGUGGAAGCGAAAUGCCUUUGUUUCCUGAUGAAUCUGACUUGAAGAAUUUGAAAAAUAAUAACAGUAGUAGUCUGAAGCAGACUACUAGUAAGAAAUCACCGAAAAAGAAAGGCAAGGGUAAAAAGUAG